AUGCCACAAAUCGAACGGCUCACGCGACAGAGAAGUGACCUUUACUUCAGGUCGCUGGCUGAGCUCGAUGAUUGGUAUAAAUUGUAUAAUACAUCAUCCGGAAACGACGAUGCUACACUACCUUAUAUUGCCCGGUCACCACACCCAGAAUAUCAGUCUAGUAGUCAAGGAAAGCUUCUGAUAUGCCACGAUUACAAGGGUGGCUACACAGAAACGCCGUUUGCAUCGUCGUACACGUUUAAUUUCUGGUCACGAUGCGAUGAUUUCAUAUACUUCGCACACCACAGGAUAUCUACCCCUCCCCCUGGUUGGAUCAACGCAGCACAUCGCCAGGGAGUGAAGAUGCUAGGAACUAUUAUAUUUGAAGGCGGAGGCGCAGCCGACUGCCUAAAGCUCUUGGUAGGCCGCCUCCCUGCUUCGAAGACAAAGUCUGCGGGUGACCAGCCAACCUCGUUACCCGUCUCCCCUCAUUAUGCUCGCCUCCUCGCCGAUCUCGCCAAAAGUCGUGGAUUCGACGGAUAUUUGCUCAACUUUGAGUGUCCACUGCAGGGUGGGUUCGAGCAGACACGGGCAUUAACCGCAUGGAUUGGUCUCCUGCGUAUGGAACUCAAGGCCAGACUAGGGGAACAUGCCGAGCUUAUAUGGUACGACAGUGUUGUGAUUACUGGGCAACUGGCCUGGCAAGAUCGCUUGAACGCGUACAACCUGCCCUUCUUCCUCCCAUCUACUGGUUUCUUCACAAACUACACGUGGAGGCGUGAUUACCCAACUGAUACGGCAUCAUUCUUUACGACCCUCGACCCAUUGAUACUCGCGAACGACGCCGGUUCCAAUCUCCCAAAGAAGAAGUCACUGAAUGACGUAUACAUGGGUGUUGAUGUGUGGGGACGGGGAAGCCACGGAGGAGGCGGAUUGGGAUGCUACCGUGCCAUAGAGCACAUCGCGCCUGAAUCGCUGGGCCUCAGCGUUGCCCUCUUCGGACAGGCAUGGACUUGGGAAACUGAACAAGACAAGCCCGGGUUCACCUGGGAGCAUUGGUGGGCCUACGAACGCACGUUAUGGGUCGGGCCACCGGGCGAGGAAGAGGUCAAAGUACCUGAGGCCCCCCGCCGUCAAGGGGAAGACGAAUGUCUUCACGGCCCGUUCGUCCCUCUGAGUAACUUCUUUACCCGAAAGGCUCCCCCGAAUCCGGCGAAACUAGCAUUCCACACAACCUUUAGCCCCGGUGUUGGUCGAGCAUGGUUCGUCAACGGGGAGAAGAAAUCUAGUCAACCGACAGGCUGGACAGAUAUCGACAAGCAGUGCUCGAUCGGCGACAUGGUUUGGCCGAAGCCUGAGUUUGUCUGGGAAGACGAGGGACACAACGAACGAGACUCAGAAACACCUGAGUUGUGCGAGCAAGAUAAUUGGAACGGGGCCCCAACGGCACUCGCUGAGCUGUGCAUGGAAGAUGCUUGGAACGGGGGAUCUUCCCUUCGACUCAUCGUGUCGACUCAUGCAAGCGACGCUGACGACGCCUUUUUCCGUCAAGCUUCGGUGCCUAUCCAGUCACUGAGCAUUACGCCCGGAGCCGUCUACCAGCUUGUAGCAAUCUACAAGAUAGAAGAAAGCGACGGUCUCGAGCUGGACGCAUGUUUAUCCUGCCAACUCAUCCGCGGGGGCGAUAGAAGCGUGCAGAUUACCCCCGACGAUAUGAGCCCCGUAGAACUUGCCGGCGGAUGGAUACGUCUCUCCGCUCGCAUAAGCUCUGAGGAGCUCCCAAGUUUCGUUCAUGACGACCUGGCCAGUGUGGGCCUCACGAUUUCCAUCGCGACAGACAAUCCUUCACGAGCCUCCCAGUUCUCUCUCCUCAUCGGUGAGAUGACAGUGUAUCCCUUCCGGCCCCCAACAGCAGCCAAAGUGCCUCAAGUCCUUUGGGCUGAUUAUAAGCCAUUGCCUGCUUCCACAAGCAAGGCUGGCCAGCUCUCAUGGGAGGUCGCCGUUUCAUUCGCGACUGAAAAUAUAUCUCUGCCUUUAUCUCCCGACGUUCCGAUUCCGGUGUGGAACUUUGAGCCUGCGAAGGCCUGGAAGCCCUCGUUUUUGUAUUUCAACAUCUACGUGCAAGAGCCCACCCAGACUGGUGGUAAUAACUUCGCGUCACCAGAGUCGGCGAAAUGGAUAGGAACGUCGGGGUGGGACGGGAAAAGGGAUACGUUCCCCGUAGACACCAAUAAUUUGCCAAUCGCUGCCCAGGGGGAAAGUGCCCGACUGGUAAGAUUCUACGUGCAAGGAGUAACCGAUCAUGGAGAAGUCCUGCCGUGGGACGCCUGUGUCUACGUUGAAACAGAGAUAUGA